AUGGCAUUGCAGAUUUCCCCAAAGGAUACCGACUUGCUUUUAAAAAAGAAGAACGUUCUUUCCGCAGAUGUUUUAGACAAGUAUAGAUAUGCUGGUGAAAUCACACAAACAUGUUUGAGUUACCUCAUUUCAUUGAUCAACGAUUCAUACCACCUAGGUAAGCACGAGCCGUACAGUGCUGCGGAGCUCUGUCUUCUUGGUGACAGUUUCAUCCAGACUUUAGUGAAUAGCAAAUACAAAAAGGUGAUUGAAAAAGGUAUUGCACAACCAGUUACGUUGGAUGUCAACGACAUGAUUGUUGGCUACUCUCCAGAGCUCACCGAUGAAUCCAACUUAACCUUCCAACCGGGCGACAUUGUCACCAUCAACCUUGGAUGUCAGAUCGACGGUUACACAUCCAACUUGGCACACACGAUUGUCAUCUAUCCCUCUGGUUUGACUGCACCAACCGGACCGUUAUUGGGCGGACCGGCCGACGCAGUUUGUGCAUCAUAUCUUGCGACAGAGACUGUGGUUUCCUUAUUGGCAUGUGCAUUGAGUCCUGAAAAAAUCCCCAACUCUUUACUAAGCGACAAUUCUAAUAGACAUAUAACGGGUUCGAUGAUAAGGAAGGUUGUUGAUACCAUUGCGCAGUCGUUCAAUUGUGCGAUUGUGCCAACGUCCAAGGUCAGAAGAAUAAGGAGAUUUUUGGCUGGCCAGGCCGAGGGUGUGGUUGCUGAAAGAGACUUCAAGGGUGUUGUGUGGUCCGAGAUAGACCAAGAGAGCGAUUUGUUGAAGAGAAGCAACUUCCAAGACGGCAGCGCUUCUGCCUCCUCUGGCAAUACAGACCUAUCGAUAAUCGACCAAACAAAGGGACGUAGCGACAUCCAGAACCCAGACAAGGCGAUUCCAACCGACGACUUUGUUGUUUCUGCCGGCGAGGUGUACACGGUGGACAUCAAGAUGGCUCCGAUCGACAAGCAGGAGCCUGGUCUCGUCACCGUGGACUCUGGCGAUGGCCGGGACAGAGGCGCCAAGCACUCCAUUUUCAUAAGAGACGUCUCCAUGUCGGAGCAGUUGAAGUUGAGAAACAGCAGACGGUUGUUGUCGUUGGUAGACAAGGAGCAGUCUGUGUAUCCGUUCAAGCUUGCGUACGUCUCGGAGAGCUUCCCGCUCGACAGCAAGAAGGACUUAGCCGAGCAGUUGGCCAAGAUCGAGAAGGACGUGAAGAUCUUCAGGUUCGGCCUGACCGAGUGCACAAACAAACAGCUGUUUGUUCCCAAGGCGGUUUUGUCGUGCAAGUUCAUUCCGCUGCGCGAGGUCUUGAAGGUGCCUACGUCGACGGGGAUCAACGGCUUCGACGCCAGCAACCCUGCGCUUCCCGGCAUGGAGUUGCCGCUACCGAAGCUCGGCCUCACUGCGUUGAAGUUGAAGACGCUACUCAAGCACGGCCGCCCGGUCACCGUCUCCCGGUUCCUCUCCACCGUGGCUUUGAGCCCCGACGCCGGCUGUGUCAGGCUCAGUGGGGGCAACAAGACCUUCACCCCUAGCUGGGUCCACUCCGACUACCAACUACAGGGUCCUGUGGCGGCCGCCGUUGGCGAGCUUGCUGCCCUUGUACAGGACGAACGGUUUGGUCUCAAGAUCGACGAGUGCCGCGUCAUGGACCUCAGCGCCGUCGCCGCCAACGACGACGCAAUGGAGGAGUAG